AUGGAAGUCAUUGAAAUUAAACAAAAGAUUAAAGAAUGGGAGUACUCGUUUCGAGAAAAACAUAAUAAACCACCUUCAAAAUCUGAUAUCAAGGAGAAUUCAGAGAUCCAUAAAUUGUACUCAUUAUACCGAGCUAUCAAGCAGGGAAAACAACCCAAACAAACAUCCAAGAGUGAUCCUGCUCCUGAAUCCCCAAUUAAGAAGAAUGUUUUUGAUUCUAAAGAGGAAUUGGGGCCAACUCCUCAAGCAAAUGGAAGGGUGAUGUCAAUAUUUGAUUUCAAGUUGACACCACCUGAGUCAUCACCUUUGAAAAAGAAAUCUACCAACACCAGUAUAUUUUCAUCACCCCAAAAGAUGUCCAUGCCACCACCAGAUUCCCCUGUAAAGAGAAUAACAACAGAGACACCGACAAAGAAUAGAAUCAGAUCUUUUGCCACUCCAACAAAACCCAGAUCAAUUGAUUUUUCAAUGUUCUCCCCAGGUUAUAGAAAUCAAAACCCUCUGACACCCUUGUCAGGAUUAAAUAAUAGCACAGUUGUGGAUUUCCAAGUGUCGCCAUCUCCAUUGAAGCCUCUCCGAGGUAUAGGGAAAAAGUUAGCUGAUUUGUAUAAAAGUGCAAUUGAAGAAGCGGAAAAUUUAGAAACCAAUGAAUUUGAUGAAGAAGUCAUUGAAGAGGAAGCAGCCCACCACGAAGAACAUGGAGUAGGUGAAGAUAGUGAAGAUGAAGACAACAAAGAAAAUAGAAAGGGAUUCAAACGAAAGAAAACUCAAAAACGACAGACCAAGAGAGUGAAAAUGGCACCGCGACCUGUUCUCGAAAACUCAUCAUUGGAUGAUGUGAACAUUCAAGAAAAAGUAUCAAAGAUGGAAGAAGAAGAACGAAAGCAUAUUGAAGCUUAUAUUAACUCAGAUGAGGAAUAUGAUAUUGAAGAUGAAGUAAACUCAUUAGUACCCGAAAGCCCUAUCAAGAAGACCCGAAAACCAAUUGCUAAUAAUUAUCAAAGACUAAAGAUCAAUGAUCCAAGAGCAAAGCGUUUCAAACAAAGAAUGAGAAGACGAUGA